CCGGGGCGGCGGCAGUCCGAGUCUGGCCGUUCGAGCCGCCACACGUGUCCAUAGAAUAGCUAGACCAGUGCUCCGCUACACCGAGUGCCCUCGCAAUGUUGCCCCCAGCCAGUGCUGCCGGCUCACAGUAAAAACAAACAAACUUCAGGAUGCACGCGGUGGGGCUGCACUCGGCGCUCGCCAUCCGGCGCGAGCGCAAGCGCCGUGCCGAGGCGCAGCGCGCGCGCGAGCGCCGCCACUCCGUGCAGUCCAGCGAGUCCGGGGUCACCUCCCCGCACUGCAGCACCGGCAGCCUCGAGCGCCGCCGCCCGCGCGCCCCGCGCUCCGCCGACCAGGAGGUCGUCUCCUCCGUGGGCAUGCUGCACCUCGGCGUCGUGUUCCUCGUGCUCGGCCUCUUCCUGCUCGCGUCCGGCCUGCUGCCCGACAACGUCACCUCCUGGAGCAGCAUCGGCUCCGUCAGCUGGUUCAACGAGCUGGUCUGCUCGGGCAUGUUCGCGCUCGCCAUCGGCGUGUUCCUGAUCGCGCUGCACAAGUACCUGACGAAGAGCGAGGAGGACGCGCUGGAGGACUACGUGCAGCGGCAGCUGACGCGCUCGCGCUCGGGGCACCGGCUGGAGCGCGACGCGGAGACGGGGGGCAUGCACACCAAGAACGCGCGGCGGGUGAAGGCGGAGGCGGGCGCGGGGGGCGGCGCGGGGCGGGGGGAGGAGGCGGAGCGCGCGCACGGGUUCGUGAACGCGCUGGCGCUGAACGGCGACGCGCUGCGCGAGGGGCCACUGGAGCAGAUCGCGGAGGAGGAGGUGCUGGGGGAGCCGGAGCGCCGCUACGCAAGGUUCAACAAGGACACGUACUCCACGCCGUCCGUGGCGCCGAGCCUGAGCCCCGGCUCGCCCUCCGACACGCGCGAGCUGCUGGCCGACGGCCGCUACCUCGUCAUGUCGCGCAUGUGAGCCCCCCACGCUCCUGCUGCGGCCGCCCUGUCGCACCAACCCUGAUCGUAUACGGCUCUGUCCUCUCCCCUAGCUUUCAUUUCACAAGUGAGUCGAGGAGAUCCGUUGAAACGAUCCUUCGCUUCGCGUAAACUGUCUGAAGUAUCCCUGCGGUCGCGGCAGAGUAGACUUAAUCAAUUCGGGGAAAUAUCGAAGUCUGCAUGCAUAAUGCAUAAAUGGCUCGAAGAUAUCCAGCUGCAGAAGUGUAGUCGAUAUUAAAUUUGAUCUCUAUGUUUUACGAAUUUAAGUGUAAUUUACGGCGUCACUUCAUCUGCUAGUGCACGGUGGAUAUGCUUCUAAGCUUACCAGCAUUUUGUGUCGAUUAAUUACUUGGAUAUAACUAGCUUCUGUAUAUUUGACCAGACGGACCAACACUGUAGCUGUAGAGAUAAGUCUGGCGAUAGAUCGUCAAGUUGGGAACAUGGCAUUGGCAUAUCCGGAAUUAAGUAGGUACCUAUCUAUUUGGCAAGAAGCCAGCAAUAAACUUUGUUGGACUGGAGUCUGAUUACCACCGGAUAUUAGCAGAAUAUUCAGAGCCAUUUCCUGCGAUGUUCCCAACAAAGGCUCUAGUCAAGCGGUUCCCGAUUUAUGUUUCGCAGAAACCAUGGGUUCCGUAAGAGGCCCUGAGGGUUCCGUGGAAGUUCAGAAGACCUACUGAAACAAAAGUAUAAGCACAAAUGAAGUGUGGUAAAUGGUAUCCUAGAGCUAGAGUUUCGCAAAAAAAAACAACAAAAAGGGUUCCGUCGGUAAAGUAUUUGGGAACCGCUGCUCUAGUCUUGUGUAGACGAAUUAUGGUCUGCAUUCAUAUUAUGUAUUUAUGCUUGAGACUGAUUGUUAAUAUUCUUCUUAUAUAAGUACUUACUUGAAAGUUUUAUAGAUAGUAUUUAUUCAUUUAAAAUCUCGAUGUAUUGCACGCGUUUUGAUGUGAAUAGUUUUUUUUUCUAUUAAAUACGAGGUUAUAAUAAUUAAAUAGGACUUAUAAACGCAAUUAAAACAAUUAAGUUUUAUGAGCACAUAAAUUAAUUAGUGUUUAUUUAUAAAAUACUCUAUUUUAAUCUUUAAAAACCUUGUAGGUACAACAGUACCUUAGUAGCGGUCGUAAAUUAACUAAACACAAAUUUAUAAAAUUAACUUUUUGUCAAAUUAAUGUAGAUGUUUUUUUACUUACUGAUUGUACCUAAACUGCAACUAAAAUUGAUCAAGAUCCAUCAUUACUACUUUAGUAAAAAAUUAAUAAGUACUUUACUUUUUUUUCCUAAAAUCAGAUGAUAUAAUUAUGAAUGCAGUGUCGUGCCAAAAAUGAGGCAAUAAUAAAUUUUUACUCUUUCUAUCAAAAGAAAAACAACCAAAAAAACUGUUUGAAAAAUUAUACCUAAUACAUAAUUACAUACAUAGCAUUAUUUUUUAUUUUUAAAAUAAUAUAGGUAUUUACCAUUUACCUUUAUGCACUUUUAUCCUAUCUAUGAGCAAAUCAUAUUUAGUUUUGUAUAAUGAGGCUGUGAUUGAUCUUAUUAUGUGCAAUUAUUGAGUACCACUUUUAUCACAAACCUUAGUGCGUGAUUCACAAUGUAUGAAUAAAGUUCAUGUGUCACACAGGUCUUUUUUACACAUUGUGAAACAGGCUCUUUGAUUUUUACUGUUAAUUUAUAGUUCAAAAUGUUUUCUAUAUUAUUAUAUUUUUUAAGUAAGUUAAUAACACCUCGAGCUUAGCUUAGUAAUGCUCAGACUUAAUUAUAUAUUUAAAAAUCUCUCUUUCCUCUAAAUACAUAUACCUAAUUAUUACCUUUCCAUUUCA